GCGGGGACGAAUUCCAGCGUCCGCUCUGUAUUUACUUCUGUCAAUAUUCAGCAUCGCAAGCAGCGGGGACCAGAACCAGAGGUAGAGCAUACAACAAAAGAGUCGUCUGCCUAUUAAGUGGAUCUGUGCUCGGUUUGAAUUCUGGCCUCGUCCAAUGUUGACAACCAUAUUUACCCUGAAUAUUUUAAAGGUGUUUGAGGUGGCAGCGACCAUCUCUGCUGGUAGCCCUCGGCCUCUGUAGCUAAGAUGCCUUUCUUGGGCAAAGACUGGAGGUCACCAGGAUGGAGCUGGACAAAGACAGAGAAUGGCUGGAAGGAAGACAACAACAAAGAGAUAGACUUCAAAGAGCUCUGCAGUGACAACGGUGAAAGUCUGUUCGUCGGAGAUGUGUGUGAGCUCGUCACCACGAAAAAGGGGAAGGAAUUCUACAACAACACCACCAAAUCACAAUUUGCUUUCAGGGAUAAAUGGAUCUACAUUCACAAAGGGAGCACCAAAGAACGACACGGAUACUGCACGCUUGGCGAAGCUCUCAAUCGUCUGGAUUUUUCCAGCGCCAUUCAGGACUUGAGAAGGUUUAACUACGUCGCAAAACUUUUCCAGCUAAUAGCCAAGAGUCAGCUGUCCUCUUUGAGCGGAGCCGCCCAGAAAAACUAUUUCAAUAUACUGGAGAAGAUCGUACGAAAGGUCCUUGAGGACCACUACAAUCCACGGCUCGUCAAGGAGCUUCUGAACGACCUGAGCUCCACGCUGCACGGUCUAACCAUCCACGUUGGACGAUGUGUCCUCGUGGGCAACGUCAACAUCUGGCUGUGCCGUCUGGAGAGCAUUGGGAAAUGGCAGCAGGAGCUCAACGACCUGCAGAUCCCCGAGCAAAUGUGUAGCGGUAUGUCAUUCGACGACCUGCCGCUGCACAUGCAGAGCAAGAUCCUCUACAAGUUGUCUGACGCCUGUGACAUCAUUAACCUGGGACAGGCCACGCCCACGUUGAACAUCCUCAGUGAGAACAGGAUUCUGUGGAAGAAACUCUGCCACUUUCACUUCUCAGACAAACCGUUCUGUAGGAAUUUGGUUUUAUCCAAGAGUGACAACGUGGACUGGAAGCUGAUGUAUUUCACCCUGCAGAAACACUAUCCGGUGAAGGAGCAGUACGGAGACACGUUACACUUCUGCAAACACUGUAGCAUCCUCUUCUGGAAGGAUCGCCACCUGGCUUUGUUAUUCAAGGACUGUGACCACCCAUGCUCAGCCAACGAUCCAGACAGCUGCCUGAUGCCCAUCUCCCCGCAGGACUUUAUCGACCUCUUUAAGUUCUAAACUCCCGACGCAACCGCAUCGUCCAUUGGCCCUCACUCCCACACCAGGAGUGUGUACGAGACCUCGAUGUCAAUUACCCAAAUACAAAGGGCUCUAACUGAAAGAAAUGUUUUUUUUUUUUCCUGUGUUUACUUGCUUGCACACAAAUAUUUCUGUGAAACAUGGGUCAGAUUUGAUGUGUAUGUUUGUUACAAAUGCUGGGGACUGGUGAACUGUAAAAAGGAACUCUGAUGUUUUCUCCGCACAAAUGUUUGUGAAAAAGAGAGGAUCCUCCUUACAGAGGGAACAGUAUUAUAUAUGACAUGAAUGCAAUAUGAACAUUUUGAAAGGAUUUUUAUGUAUAACAAGGUUUAGCGUGUGAUGCUGGUUAAUAUAUAAUGUGUUUUUGAGGAAAAUGGGUGAAAAUCUGCUGUGAGGCAGAAAAAUAUGUGAAUUAUUUAAACAGCUGUUUUGUUUCGGUGGUGUAACUGCAUGUUGAGUCUCUGUUUACAUGCUGUAUGUGGUCCUCUGUGAAUUCCUGCUGUGCUCUCUGUACAUUGCGGCGUGAACAUUAUCCAUAAAAUAACGUUUCAUUAGCUGUAGUAAUAUUUUCUACAUUUGUGGGGACUGUCAAAUGACUCAAAUGAUGUAAAUUCUGAUGAUAAUGGUGUUAUUUCUGAGGGGGGAAAAAAACAACUUUUGUAGCCUUAUUCCAACUUUUAUAAUAUUCUCUUAUUGAUCCAGUUCUCUUAAUGGUACUAUUAUGACUUUUACAAGGUGGAAGCUAGCUAUAAAAUAAUAAAUAUUUAUUAAAAAAAAAA